UAUGAAUGCCUAUUCGGAAUUCAACCAGGGACAAGGAUGCGGAGACUUACCGUUGGAUCUUGCAGCACGCCCUUACAACGAGUCUUACCACCCUGCUAGGUGAAUGAAACGCCCUCGUUUCUGAUAUGCCUCAGCAGCAUUUCUUGGAUGAACAACCGAACGCACCUUUACAUUGUGUACCGCACGUGUGCGACAUAUUAUAUGCUCCCUCCUACGAAUUUACGCCAUCGUUCCCACCGACAAUGGCUGUUGUCGCCAGUACAUCAUCUUGCUUAUCGCAAUCCAGAUAUCAUCCACUAUUCUCUUCCCCAGAUGCAGACGUCGUGCUUAGCUCCUCGGACGACACCCUGUAUCAGGUAGAUGCGUAUACCUUGCGCACCACUUGUGGACUUUUCAGAACGAUGUUCUCACUUCCACGACCACAGAGGAGUCAUGCCGAAGAUGAGGAGUCGAAGGGAGGUGAUGACGGUUCCGGGCGUGAACCUAUUCCCACAUAUGAACCUGCGGCUACACUCACACCUUUACUCCUCCUUCUCUUCGGUCUACCUCUCCCCAAGUCAAUAUCCAGCUGGUCCUACGACGACUUGGAGCGAAUCCUGACCCUGGCAGAAAACUGGGAUGCGCAGGGCCCGAUAUCCUUCAUCCGCGGGGCGGUUUCGUGCCCUCGCUUUACGGAAACAGACCCUUUGAGAUUCUAUGCGAUCGCAGCGCACUUUGGUUGGGAAGAGGAGAUGAGACUGGCGGCCAAAUUUACGCUGCGGAUUGACAUGUUCAAUCUAUCCGACGAACAGGAAGAAGUGGUCGCCAAGAUAUCAUCGAAGGAUUUCCUUCCGCUUCUGCACCUUCGUCGCAGAAGAACAAUGACAUUCAGAGCGCUCAUUAACGACGUGGGACGGUUCUCAGCAGGGAAUGAUGAUGGGUAUGUUUGCGGACGGUGUGGGGUGACGAAGAUGGAUAACCGGACAUGGAGGGCAUUCAGAGAGGCGCUGACGUUGGAAAUCGACCAAAGGCCGCUGGGCGACGGAGUGAGCGGAUUGGCAGUGGGAGGAAUAAGGAGUGGAGAGCAAGUUGGUAUUGGCUGCAUGUCGUGGGCGGUGGCGGAGAGGUGCUGGGCGGCGAGAUGUGAAAAGGCAGGCUGUGGUGCGGUAAACUAUGAUCGAUUGAUGACGCUGAAGGAAAUCAAGAAAUCCGUCGACGAGCUUCCCUGGUUUUGA